GCGACGGGAAGGAGCCGGGCUGGGCCAUGGCGGCGCCGGGCGCGCUGCUGGUGAUGGGCGUGAGCGGCUCGGGGAAAUCGACCGUGGGCGCCCUGCUGGCAUCCGAGCUGGGAUGGAAAUUCUAUGACGCUGACGACUACCACCCUGAGGAGAAUCGAAUGAAGAUGGAAAGAGGGAUUCCACUGAACGACCAGGACAGGAUUCCAUGGCUCUGCAAUUUGCAUGACAUUUUACUAAGAGAUGUAACCUCAGGACAGUGUGUGGUUCUAGCCUGUUCGGCCCUGAAGAAAAUGUACAGAGACAUCUUAAUACGAGGAAAAGAUGGUGCAGCUCUGAAGAGUGAGGAGUUGGGAAAGGAAGAGAAGCCAGGUGACGUGCAGCUCUUCGUGGUCCAUCUAAGCGGGUCGUUUGAGGUCAUCUCUGGACGCUUACUCCAAAGAAAAGGACAUUUUAUGCCCCCUGAGUUACUGCAGUCCCAGUUUGAGACUCUAGAGCCACCAGCAGCUCCAGAAAACUUUAUCCAAGAAUCACGUGCUGGCACAUCCAGAGAAGAGGAGAGGGAACUUCAAAAGUCAAGUUUAAAUUGAAGUUUAAAUUCAUCUGUGACCCAAUCAAAUGAUCAGAGGAAAUUCUGUAGUCAAUGACGGAAAUCAUGUUUAGAAUAUUCUUGCUCAUGCCUGUAUCUGUACAAAUAAAUGAAACUUGGCGAUCCUUGGCAUCCCCUGGAAAUUGGUCUCAGGAGCAGAAACUUGUACAAAACCAGCCUCCCACCAGAAGUCUCUUCACACUGUGCACCUCCUAAUCCUCCCUCUGUCCUGGAGCUGUGGUUCCGAGCAAUGGCUCUUACGCUAAGGUCCCAAAAGGUAGUAAUGGGAGAACAAGCAAACUGUCCAGUUCCUCAAACAGCCCAAUGCAAAUAUAUUCACCAGCGGCAAUACCAAGUUUCCUGCCUUUUGGCUAAAAUUAUGUCAACUCAAAGUGGGAACUCUGUCUCUGCUGAGCACUUGUGAGAUAGAUAAAAUUUAAAUAUAGAAAAGUUAAAAAUUCCUACGUGAAAGGUAGUGUUUGGUCAACAAAAUUUGAUAUGAUAAUCAAAGGACUCAUUUUGGUAGAAUAAAGAUUGAAAACAAUUAUUUUCGAGUAAAAAAUGUUUUCCAAGUAGGGGAGCUAUCAAAAUAGGUCAUUUUAGAAGGUCCUACUCCGAAUUGUCCAUGAAUUUGCUGAGAUCAGUGCCGCAGAGAGACCCCAGCGGUCAGCCCGAAGCGGCAGCGCUGCUGAGAACACACAGGUGUGGGAUUUCAGGUUCAGUGAUCUCAGGCACAGACCGGAAAGGCUGCCCCCUACCUUUCUCUGUCACUCUGCCGAGAGCGGCGGUUUUGUGCAAACGUCUUCAGUUCUCUCCAGCACCGGCCAAGCGAGAGCAGCGGCAGGCUCCGUCCCCAGGCAGACACCCGGUCUCUCCACAACCGAAUCACUUCAUGUUGUUGUUUCUACCUUUCCUUCUAUUUAAGGCAAGUGUCCAUUUUCCAUUAGAAGUAGUCACAUAACAG